UUGAGGGCCCUGGGAGCCUGGGACUAGCGUCCAAAGUCAGAGCCCCAUCUCACAGAAAUUUUACAGGGUUUUUAUAUGUUUCUUUACAUGAUUUCUUCAUCGUAACAAAAUCUUGCUUAAUUCUAACACCUGGUACUAUUAUCUUCUUGACAUUUAGGUUCCUGCCAAAAGGUACAUUCCUUAGAUAAGUGAUUAUCUCUUAGCUACACUGCUUACAUUACAAAUUUCACUAUAAUAGUUCAUCUGCAGGUUAUACGCGGCCUACCAAGCCUUAGCAUGACUACUACUAAUGUCAACUAUAAGGUUCUCUACUAGGUAAAUACAGUUUAUUUUAAUCAAAUGGCAACAUCCUCAUGUUCAUGAAGUUUCCUGUGCAUCAGUUUCUGCCCGUUGCCUCUUGUCUCGGUGUUAGGCACCACAGAGCUGAGCCUGGCUCCAUCCUCCAUCCAGCAGGGCCCGGCUGGUUCGCAAAGCCCCAACGCGGCAGCCCUGACAAGGGUCUAACGCCACCUCGAGGUUAUUUUUUCUGGAAUUUCUGUGGAACCGUGUGCCACGGAGCCGCCGCAGCGGCCUGGCCUGACCCGACCUGCGGCCGCCUCGCUGGGGACCAGCAGCCGGGGAGCCUCCGCCAUGGCCGGGCCCGCGCCACCACCUAGCGCCGACUGCAGGCGCAGAGCCGCCAAACCCGCCCGGCCUGGGGGCGGCCCUGAGCCCACCGCCCCUCCCUUUCUGCUGCCGCCACUGCCCCUCGGUCCACACAACCGGGCCGGGUGUGCUCCAUGCCGCCGCUGCGCGCUCCGACCCUUCGGAGUCGCCGCACAGUCCAGCGCCAUGGCCUGCGAGGAGGGGGCGGCGGGCUGCUGCUGGAGAUCGUAGGCUCCCCGCUCAACCUGAGCCUGCUGGGCCUCUGCCUCUUCCUGCUCUACCAGAUCCUGCGGGGCGAGGGACCCAAGAGGAAGCGCCGCGACUUCACGCUGGAGCAGCUGCGGUCCUUCGACGGCGUGAGCGACCCCCGCAUCCUCGUGGCCGUCAACGACAAAGUCUUCGACGUGACCCGCGCCAGGAAGUUCUAUGGGCCCGAUGGCCCGUAUGGAAUCUUUGCUGGAAAAGAUGCUCUUGCCACUUUCUGCCUGGAUAAGGAGGCACUGAGGGAUAAGUAUGAUGACCUCUCUGAUCUCAACGCUACACAGCAAGAGACCUUGAGGGACUGGGAGUCACAAUUCACUUUUAAGUAUCAUCAUGUUGGUAAGCUGCUGAAGGAGGAGGAGGAACCCACUGUGUACUCUGAUGAAGACGAAAAAGAUGCCCAGGAUGCAAAGAAAGAGUAGAUAUUGCAGUGAGGAACAAUCUAUUUUUGAACCAUAAAGGAUCAUUUGUAACAUUCCACUUCUGUUUCACAAGGUGCAGCAUCAGCAAGGCUUACAAAAGGUCCAGAGGUACACUGAAUGGUUUCUUUUCAAAGAUUUCCUUUUUGAAUUCAGUGGGAAACUUCUGAAGGUCUUUAAUCUGUCUUCCUUUAAACCCACAUAAUAAGAAUUAUGCACGACAAAUGUCUGUGCAAAAGUAAACUGCAAUUUUGGCAAUAAAGGACUAUUUUUCUGCUAUCACCAUUUAGUGCAAAGUAAGUCGAAAUCAAGUUUUUCAUUACCAACCUAGCACUGUGGAGGCAAGCAUAUGAAUAACUUCACAUAUGUAACACAAACACCAUUAAAUCUUCUUUUGUGUUAGCUUCUGCAGGAUCUGGCCCCUGGGUUGUAAUUCCUUUAGAAAAGGGACUAUAUUUUGUUUGUCCACAAAGCAUCAUACUCAUUUGUUGUGCAAUGUAAUUCAUUAUUAUGUAAGAUAAUUUGGCUUUCAAGGCGUUGUAUUAGCGACUUACAGAUGAAACACUGCUUUUAAAAAAGAUCAAGAAUUUUUGAGAGGUUAAAUCACUUUUAAAUAUUUAAUAAAGACUGAUGAAUGCUUGAUGUAUUCAACAUGCAUAAUUCUGCAUAGACUAAUAUUCUCUGUUCACUUUUAAACACAUCUAUAGUGUUACAAAAGUUUAGAUAAUGAGUGGAACUAGGCAUCCCUAAAAGUACACCAUGGAGUGUGACUUGACUAUUGUUCAUUUGAUUUUCUUCUUAGUAAAAAGCGCUCCCGUGAAGGUUAAUGGAUUAUAUUAAACAUGGAAGAUCAGCUGCUCUUGAUUCCUAGGCCUAAAAAACAAGAAGUUGUUGGUAUGGCAUGCUUAGCAAUGGUUCUUGUACACACACCUUUACCUAGCAGAAAAACAUUACCAGUCAACGUAACUUACAUAAGUUACAUACAAAAUAAAACAGUGUAAGCUGUUUCUGCAUUGAGGCCUUUGUUGGUUUGGAAUGUUGCCAUUAAAAGAAAUGACACAAUCUCAUGCAUAACCAGCAAUUCUAUACCUGUGGACUUGACUUUUGAGUUGCAUUUUACUUAUUUGCUCUCUUGGCUUACCUCUAUGCUUAAUUACUAGGUUUUUUCUAAGUGACCUGCCUCCUACCAGAGAGGGCUGGGUAAAUGGAUAUGACCAAGGAAAAAUGUAAAUGUUCAUCAUCCAAAAUACUUCUCUAAAACUUUCUUAUAAAUUCCAAGAUAACUAAUGAUUUGCUGAUCACUUGUGAACUUGUCCAGGUGAUUCUGCUAAUGUGGAAUAUCCAGGGUGCCUGUAUGGUGUAGUUCCCUCUUUUCAUUUAUCUGGCUCGGCUGUCUGGUUCUUUCAAUUUGGCAACAUGACCAAAAUGAUGAACUGAGUCCUGAGUGGGAAGGUGUAAACUAGGCAAAAGUGUUCGGAAGUAGAGUGUGUUGCACAACAGCAGCUUCCAUAAACAAGUUGACAUAACAUAUUAAAGUGCCUGAGACCAUCUGUGGUGAGAACAACCGACUCUCCCUCAGUCCCAACACUGUCCUGAGAUUUUCCUUUGGUUGCACUGGGCCUUCUGAUGAAGAGCAAGGUUGUUAAAGCCAGAGAGCUUGUGUAAAGUGGCUCUGUAUGAACUACCUAACGAAGGUCUAGAGACACGUGUAGACCUUGUCAUGAUUUUUGUGUUGCUAUUUUAUUUUUAGAGACAUUUAUAUUCUUUGCAAACUACUACUAAUGGUUUACCUCAAAUUGGAAAUGUGCUUUUAUUUGUUUAAGGCAGAAAAUAAAAUACCCUUGCAUAAUAGUGGUGUUUGUUUUUAUUUACUGCAACCAAAUGUU